AUGGAUGAAGCUAAAUUUCUAAAAAGGAAGGUAAGAUCUGGGACAUUAGACGUUCAUCCGACAGAAAAAGCUCUGGUGGUAAAUUACGAUGUUGAAGCACUGAUAUUGGGUGAAUUGGGAGAUCCUAUGCUUGGCGAUCGCAAGGAGUGUCAAAAAAUAAUCAGACUUAAAAGUUUAAAUGCGGAUACAAAUGUUUCCCUCUUAGCCAAAGAGGUGAUUGAGAAAUGUUCGCUGAUACAUGAAUCAAAGUUGCGCGAAGUUGAGCAAUUAAUUUAUUAUUUACAAAAUCGUCGGACCAACGAUACCAGUAUAGGUAGUGAAAGCAAUUCUCAGCCGUCAAGACCAACAUCGUCAAAUUCGGUGAUCACGGAAAAUAGCGAAGUUGAACGUGCAGUAAUUAGUAAUGUCGACGGCUACAUUGAGUUAUUAUACGAAGAAAUACCUGGCAAAAUUAAAGGUUCCUCAUUAAUAUUGCAAUUAGCCAGGAUACCUGAUAAUCUUCUGGAAUUGACAAAAAAUGAAUCAUUAUUAAGUGCGUUAGCCAGAGUCCUAAGAGAAGACUGGCGACGCAGCAUAGAAUUAUCUACGAAUAUCAUUUAUAUCUUCUUCUGUUUCUCUACAUAUAGCCAGUUUCACAAUAUCGUGCUUGAAUACAGGAUCGGUUCUCUGUGUAUGGAUAUAAUCGAUUUCGAAUUACGUCGCUAUGAACAGUGGAAAGAGGAUAUGGAGAAACGUCGAAAGUACUUCGAGAGUACCACCGGUUUAACAUUUUUCCCAACUGGGAAUAACGACAACUGCGAUAGGAAGAUUAAGAUUAUCGACGAUAUCUGGAACAUGGAAGGUCCGUUAGAUUACGAACUCAAGAGACGUUCCGCGGAGGCAUCCAUAACCGUGUCUGAAAGCGACGUUAAGAAGCUAAAAGAGGAGCUCGAGAAGAGUCGAAAGAAAUUCAAGAGCUUAACCAAAAAACAGGAACAACUGCUGCGAGUAGCGUUUUAUCUGCUUCUAAAUAUCGCCGAAAACGCUAUGGAAGUUGAGAGAAAAAUGCGCAAGAAGAAUGUCAUCGGUAUGUUGAUCAAAACGUUAGAUAGAUCAAACACGGACUUGUUAAUAUUGGUCGUCACAUUCCUGAAGAAACUAUCCAUCUUUCGCGAGAAUAAAGACCUCAUGGUGGAAGAGAAUAUUAUAGAUAAAUUACCGAGACUUCUGCAAAAUAAUAAUGCAGAUCUUGUUUUGAGUACAUUAAAGCUGCUGUUUAAUCUCUCUUUCGACGCUAAGCUGAAAGCACGAAUGAUUAGAGUUGGCAUGUUACCAAAAUGGAUAAAAUUGCUUGGUCAAGCUGAUAUUAAAAGUAAAAGCACAAUUCUGGGACUACUCUAUCACGCCAGUAUGGACGAUAAAGUGAAAGCGAUGUUCACAAAUACGGAUUGUAUUCCGAUGAUAACCAACAUGAUAUUGGUCUCCGAAGACGAUCAUAUCAGAUCCGAGCUGAUAGCUCUCGGUAUAAAUUUAGCCAUUAACAAUAAGAACGCGCAGUUGAUGGUGGAGAACAACCGUUUACAAGGUCUCAUAAAAACUGCGUUUAGAAAUCAGGAUUCCCUUAUAAUGAAAAUGAUCAGAAAUAUAUCUCAGCACGAAUCGACCAAGGAGAACUUUGUCGAAUUUGUCGGUGAUUUUGCUAUGGCCUUGACGCAGUCUGACUCUCAGGACUUUAUAUUGGAAGUGAUCGGUGUGUUGGGUAAUCUGGAAUUGCCCGAUUUGGAUUAUUCGCAAAUCAUUCAACGCUGUAACCUCAUACCGUGGAUACGCAAUAAUCUAGUUCCAGGUAAGGCGCAAGAUGAUUUAGUACUCGAGGUUGUCAUAUUUUUGGGUACUGCAGCUUACGACGAGGAUUGCGCUCGUCUGUUAUGUAAGGCUGACAUACUUCUCUCCCUUAUUGAACUUCUUAAAGCCAAACAGGAGGACGACGAAAUGGUCUUGCAAAUCAUCUAUGUGUUUUAUCAAAUCGCGAAGCACGAUUCGACGCGAGAUUAUUUAAUUCGGGAGACUGGUAAUGAAGCCCCCGGAUACUUGAUCGAUCUAAUGCACGAUAAGAAUCCUGCAAUUAGAAAAGUCUGUGAUACGUGUCUAGAUGUCAUUGCUAUGUGCGACAAGAAUUGGGCGGCGCGUAUAAAGGUGGAAAAGUUCCGUUCGCACAAUCAGCAAUGGCUGGAAAUGGUUGAAUCUACAGCGACAGAUUCGGCUACUCACUUGUUACCGGACGACGAUGACAGUCUGUCUCCAUUUAUGAGCGGUGAUCUGUUGAAACACACCAUACUAUUUCCCUCUGGUAAUUCGGCGUCAUUUAACGCAGACGAUGGAUUUUCAAUUAUGAAAAACUCAUCAGAAUCGUCUGAGAACCCUAGUCGACCAGUUAGUAGGUAUCGAGAUCUUGACGAAAUAGGCGAACUCAUGGCACGUUCUAAGUCUCGCAUGUCCAUUGGUUCAGGUAUAGAGGAUUUAUAUUACAAUUCUAGAAUGAAAUUCACUGACUCAGAUAGCUCCCACGUAUUAAUAUAAAGAUUAAUGCAAACGUUUCGGUGUAGAUACACGACUUGUCGAAAAGAUUCCCCCUAAGAUAUUUUACAUUAUAUACGAACAUCCAUAUAUAUGUGUUUGACGUGAAAGAAACGAAAGCGUUUGCUACUAUUUGCAAAGACAUGCCUGCUUAAACCGAAGAUUUUAUUAUACACACACACACAUACAAUAGACUGCUUUGAUCUCGUAUAGUCAAGUUACAAUUUUAGUGCCUUUUAUUUUUAUACGUAUAUUGAUUUAUUUAUGAGCAUCAGCUUUACACUGGUGCAUAGCUUUUAUUGCGUUGCAAGAUGAUUGAUAGUAUCGAUUAAGUCUAUUCAGAUCUCUCUUUUAUCUUGUGAUAGGCUUCAGGCAGUCGGGAUAGUGUUAUAUGUGGUUAAAUGUGAAAUUAGUAUUAUUAUAGCUCGGAGGUGUCUCUCGUAGAAUUUAUAUAUCGUUAAUAUAAAUUAAUGAACGAGACAAGUGGUGUAUGAAAAAAUUACCGGGUAAUUUAUAAUAACGAUAGAGGGACGAUAUUAUCUGAGGCGGUAUCUCUUUUUUUAUUCGUUGAAUACAAUAAACUGUGCAAUAAAUUACAAGAAUAUUGACACAACUUCGAUAUUUAUAUGUAUACGUAUACGUUUUUUAACUU